AGAGCUACAUUGAUUUUGUAUAUAAAUAUAUAUAUGGCCUCUCUGAAUCCAUUGUGUCCAAAGGCAUUUAACAGCUGGAAGCUUAGGACAACUUAUUCAUCUCUCCAAAUUUGCCAUGGCAACAACAAAUACUAGUGGAUUUGGUAGCCUUGUCAUCAAAAAGCGAAUGGAAGCUAAUUUUGAGAAUUGGAAAGAAUGCAUGAAACAUUACCUGAUCGGUCAAGACUUGGGGAGCAUAGUGUUUGGAGAGGAAGAAAAACCCCAAGCAAAUGAUCCCAACUACAAGGAUUGGAUCAAGAAGAAUGCUAUGGCUUUACAUGCCAUUGAAAAUUCUUGUGAGGAAGACACCAUUUCAAAUUUGAUGAGGAAGUAUCCCAGUGAAGUUGAUUCCGCCAAAUUUGUUUGGGAGCACCUGGCCGAGAAGCCCUCCAAGGUUAAGCAUUACAAGGAAGAAGAAACAUCAAGCAUCCUUCAAUACAAAACCCUAUGCAAAGCAAUAGAAAAGGGAGAUUGGAAUACAGCUGAAGAAUGGCUAUCAAAGAAUCCUAAUGAUGUUAGGAAAAAGAUAUCAUUGAUGGGUCUUAAUGCUCUUCAAGUGGCUGUAUUGUCUGGAAAAUGGAAGAUUGCAGAACAGUUGGUGAAGUUAAUGUCAGAAGAAGACUUGGAAAUGACAUCCAAUUAUGGCAAUACAGCCUUUACUCUUGCAGCCUUGAAUGGAAGGAUAGAUAUGAUGAAGGUGAUGUUGGCAAAGAAUAAAAAUUUGGUUACCAAAGGAAAUGAUUAUGAUGGCCGUCUUCCAAUCGUCGAAGCUUCAUUAUUUGACCAAAGAGAAACAAUACAUUAUCUUCUUGAGAAAACUCCCAUUCAGUAUCUCAGUCCACUAAGGGGUGAUAAGAAUGGUGCUACACUUCUAAACUGCUUCAUCUCUGAUGGACUUUAUGAUGAAGCACUGCAUCUGUUGAAGGAGAAGGAGUACCGAAGACUUGGUUUUAUGGAGGAUUUUCAUAGAAAUUUAUCUAUAAGUUUGCUGGCUAAUAAAACUUCAGCAUUUCUGAGUGGAAGUACACUUGGAUUUUGGAACCAAUGGUUAUACUCAUGUGUUCCUGAACCCUAUCAAGAUGAUAUUAACCCCGCAAAGCCCAAAGAUGAAGAGAAUGUCCAAACGCAUAGGAAGCAAGGUUCAAGUUGUGGAACAAGCACAAGAAAACAAGUUGUCAACUUAGCGCACGCACUGCUUUGGAGAUCCCUAAAACAUCUUGUCCCUGAAAGAAUAAAAGAUAUGAAGAAGAGACAUGCUCAAGCCUUGCAACUCCUCAAAUUGCUACUCAAGGAAAUACCAACAUUAGGAAACGAAGAACUCAGGAAUCUUAGGUUUAAUUUAAUAAUUUAUGAUGCAAUAAAGAAUGGUCUAGUUGAGUUUAUCCAGGAGCUAAUCAAAUCUAACCCUGAAUUAGUAUGGAGAGUUGAUAACAAGGGAAGAACACUAUUUGCAUAUGCAAUCCUACUUCGCCAAGAAAAAAUUUUUAGCCUUAUCUAUGGAUUGGGGGCAAAACGUCGCACAAUAGUGACAAAAAGAGAUGUAUUUUCAAAUAACUUCUUACAUAUGGCGGCUAAGCUGUCCCCUUCCUUUCAACUCGAUCGGGUCCCUGGUGCAGCUCUACAAAUGCAAAAGGAAUUACAAUGGUUUAAGGAAAUACAAAGCAUGGUACCAACAAAGUUCAUGGAAAGAACUAAUGAAAAUGGUCAUACACCUAGCACUUUAUUCACCAAGGAACAUGCGGAGUUGAUGAAAGAAGGUGAAAGAUGGAUGAAGAAUACCACAGCUUCAUGUAUGGUUGUGGCUGCUCUCAUUGCCACCGUUGUGUUCACAACAGCUUUUACAAUUCCUGGUGGCACCAAAAAUGACACAGGCAUUCCUAUAUUCUUGGGUUAUGAUGCAUUUCUAAUAUUUGUCAUUACAAAUGCACUAUCACUCUUCUUGUCUAAUACUUCUGUGCUAAUAUUUCUUGGUAUCCUCACUUCACGUUAUGCAGAGAAAGAUUUCCUCAAGUCCUUACCCAGAAAACUAAUCAUUGGCCUUUCUACUCUUUUCUUCUCUGUAGUAACCAUGAUGAUAGCCUUUGGCUCUAGCAUUUUUAUUCUGCUCCAAAAACGAUUAUCUUGGAUUGACAUUCCACUCACUAUUCUUUCCACAAUCCCCGUUACUUUCUUUAUAUUUUUUCAAUUUCCACUCCUAUUUCGAGUAGUGAUUAACACAAACAAACACAGCUUAUUUGAACAACCAAAAGAACAACAUGUAGAAGAACAAUUGUCUGAAAUGGGUUUAGAUUCAACUGCUGAUGAGUAGAUUUCAAUUGUUUUAUGUGUUCUAUCAUCUAUGUAUGUUAUGACUGUGAGCAAUAAUAUUCUUAGUUUUUCACUGUUUCACUUUCAGUUCUCAAAUAAUUCCUAUAAAAGUAAUUUUUGUCAAAAUGUUCUAUUAUAGUUUCAACAAUUUCGAGCCUGUAAUUAUUAGUUUUAUUUUCUAGCAAAUA